ACCGCGUUCAAAAUAACGGUAAUUAUUCCACCCCUCCCCCAAACCCCAACCAUCCCGCUGGCGUGCGCUCUUUACGACCCCCACGAUGUCUCGGCAGUCGGGUCGCACGCCACUGCCGGGGCUUGGUGGGGGCCACAUCAUCACGCUCCACAUCCAACCGCUACUGCUUCGGCCACCGUGUCCGCCGCCUCGAUCAUCAACCAACAACCCGCCGCCAACACCAUCAAUCAAUUGCAUCAUCACCCGCAUCACCACCACCACCACCACCAUCCGCACCUGCAACACCAUCAUCAUCAUCUGCAACACACCGUGCCGACUGUGUCGGGAAAUUCAACCUCCCUCAUACCAACGGCCGCUGUGCUCCCACAACAACAACAACAAACGACGCCGACGUCACAUUCCACACCCACGCAUGCGGUUAUGUAUGAAGAUCCCCCUCCAGUGCCAAUUGUUUCCGCACAACAACAGCAACAACAACAACAACAGCAACAGCAACAACCCCUUCACCUGCCCCCUCAGCAGCAGCAACAGCAACAACUCGCUACUACACCAGUUGGUAGUGGACAUAGUCCCUCCCAAACACCUUCGGGCGUACCCUCACAAGCGCAGCAACAUCUCACAUCACCUCAUCAGCAACAACAACAGCAGCAGCAGCAAACGAAUAGUGUGCCUCCUGGUGCGUCAACAAGCCUCCAGCAGCAACAACAACAACAGCAACAACAACAACAACAACAAAACACAGCAGUGGCGUCGGGCCAAACUCAGAUUGUUGCGCCGUCAACGGCGAGUGUUUCCCCCUCCAGUGUUAGUUCCCAACCUCCAGAUAUGUCUCUGUUAGCACCUCUGCAUAUUCCCGCGAUCCGGCCUGGCUUCGAAGCCGAUGCAACUGCAGCAGUCAAACGGCAUCCUCAUCCAUGGGCAUAUGAUGGUGAUGGUUUCAGCUCGGCGCAGUACCAUGCUUCGCAAUACUUUCUAGACAGAGAUCGAAAACCAGUUUUCUAUGGCUAUCCCGAAACGCAAUAUCAGCCGUAUUGGAAUUACCGUGAACAACCCACACCUACUGCAGCCGCUUACAUGAGCGCCAGUGACGAGCGACAUGCUGCUGCAGCUGCCGCCCGCCAAUCCGUGGAGGGCACCUCGCAGUCAAGUUACGAAACGCCAACAUAUUCUUCCCCCAGUGGGCUACGAGGAUACCCAAGUGAGGCCUAUUCAAGUUCAGGUGGUACUGCUGGCAUUCCUGUUGGCACCGUUGGACCUUGUACGCCCAAUAAUGCGCUACAUGAAUGGACUGGCCAAGUUUCUGUAAGAAAAAAGCGCAAGCCCUACUCCAAAUUCCAAACCCUUGAAUUGGAGAAGGAGUUCCUCUACAAUGCGUACGUUUCCAAACAAAAACGUUGGGAGUUGGCAAGAAACUUGAAUCUUACCGAACGACAGGUAAAGAUUUGGUUCCAGAACCGUCGUAUGAAAAAUAAAAAGAAUUCGCAACGCCAAGCCGCCCAGCAGAGCAACAAUAGUAGUGCGAACAGCAAUCAUAAUCACGCGCAGUCUACGCAACAACACCAUAAUACUCAUCAUAUGAAUUUGGGCCUGAGCAUGGGGCAUCAUACUACCAAAAUGCACCAGUGACCUUUGGACAACAGCAGUGCUAGCGCAAUGGGGUUCGCCACCUACUAGUAUUUGGCGAAUAUCAAGACCGAAAUGCAGUCGGAAUUUCAGUAGUCUUCGGUAUAUCCAUCCGCGUAAAUUAACUCGAAAUAGUUUCACCUAUAUGGGUAGUUUGACACAACUCAACUCAACUCAACUCAUUCAGUCAGUAUGAAAAUAAAUAAAUAAAUGGACACCUACAUACACACGACUCAGAAUAAAGUGGAGUUAACAGCACGGAAAUAAGUUACAUAUAUUCUUUAAGAAUUUUGCGCCCAAAAUAUUAUUAUUUCUUGUUAUAUGUAUAAGUUAAAUUAUUGUACUAUGCCUAGAGUUAUAUGUGUAGCAAAUUUAAAAGAUUUAUUAUAAUUUGUUCUAUUCGUUAGUCAAACUUCUGGAAUCGCCAUGGCCGAGCGGGCUCAGAGUUCAAUGGUUAAAAUGGGCAUUGGGCAUAAAAUAUCAAAUGCUACCAAAAGUAUUUCCAUAAAAUCCAAUCUGCUGCUCGGUUAUGUCAUAAAACUGUACGUGUAAGUGCUCUAUUGGUAGGACAACAUCAAGACGCACACUUAAAUAUUUAUAAAUAGUUGAAGUCCUGGCCAAUUAUGUUUUCUUGAUUUAGCUUAAAUUUUGUCACAAAUAAAAUUUAAAUAGUAUAUUUCUUCUAUAGGGUACCCAAAUGUAAAAAAAAUAUGUUGUGUUUUCUCAGUGUAAUUUCUGAACUCCGGGGUGUUGCAAUUAAUUUCUAGUUUUUCUAAAUAGUCAUCAAUCUAUAUUUAAUAAAAGAAGUAAACAAUUUCUGUGACACAACUUUAAAAGUUUUAAAUAAUCCUUAUUUUUGGACGAUUUCGGAUCACAAGAUAUUUAGAAGUUUUAGUUGUAGUAUAAAAAGGACUCCAAAAGUUUAAAAAUGCUUAUAAUGUUUACACUACUUUUGAACAACAAAUAAACUUAAUAUUUCAAACAAUUUAUAUCACAAAUACCAUAUACGAGUAUAUUGCAAGGCGCGAAACUGGAUUCCUUCUUCCCGCAUUAAAGUCUAGAAAUAUGCGAUUUAUUAAGGCACACACAAGGCACUGCUGCAGUCAAAGGAAAAUUUGAGAUAAACUAAAACAAUAUAAAUAACAUUUACGUAUUUUAAUUAAAAUCUAAAUUAUAUUUAACGUAUUAAGUAAGUAAUUUAAAACCAAUAUGAAACUGUAGCAAAGUAGUCGGUUAUUAAAAAAGUAUAUACAUAUAUAAAGAAUUUCUCAAAGUCUCAUGAAAAAUGAUAUAAUAAAUAAGUAAAAAUUUAAUGGAAUCUACAAUUAUUUUUAAGAAAAGUAAACACUAACUACAAAUAAAUAUCUUUAACUAAUAACAUAAUGCAGGCAAUUCUUAAGCAAAAUUGUAUGUCCAAUUAAAUUACUGAAAAAUAAGAAAACACAAAUUGUCUAAAUUUAGUAGUCUCGUAGAGUUAAGCUUCCGCUGCACACAUAGCCAAACACAUUUAAACAAACGCAUAUUUGCACACAUAUAGAUAUACAAUUUAAACCCAAUAAUAACAUACGAUCGUAGUCAUCCAUACUUGCAAAAAUAAAUGUGUACAUUCAAUAAUUUAUUGUAAUAUCGUUAGCGUUAAUGAAAAAGAAAAAUUAAUAAUAAUCUUAAUACCCACAAAAGCUGUAUUUGUAAUGCUAAUUGUAUUUGCAUAAUAUUUGUCACAAUGCAUGUGUUACUAUUUGGUGUAUUAUAUGUAGUAAUUGUAUUUGGCAUUUGAGAUAAGUUCCUGUAAAUACAGAAAACAUAUGUAUUUAAAAAUCAUAAAGACAAAUAUUAAAGAAAUAUCUGAGCAAAAUCGAUUUUAAAUAAAAUGCAUGUCAGCAAGAUAGCGUUUAGUGAUUUUGUCUUUUAUUAGCGAAUAGUGUUCUACGGCGUCCAGGCUUUCACAUAAAUGUACACCUCCGUUGCAUGGGUGGCCGGCUUGUCCCACUUCAUCCUUAAGGCCGCGCCUAACUUGCCUUGCGGAAUUUUGAGUAUCCAAAUUACAUUACACAAUAAUUACAGAACAAACAAAAGCAAAAAAAAAACAAAAACAUAUUUGCAUGCGUAUUGGUUGAGCUGAUUUCCCGCGAAUAGAGUACAGAAUUUUUAACUUAUAUUGCGAUUAUUUUAAAACCCCAAAGGAUAUAUGCGCUUUAACCCUCGUUAUAAUUUGUUGAAAGAAAUGGACUAUUUCACAGCUCCCUUCAAACAAGGGCAUACAGAUUAUUUGUUUAUUGCUAGAAACAGUUAUCAGAAAAGUCACAAAAGCUUAGAUAAUUAAAUUCCAAAUAAAAUGUAUGAUGACAAAAUAUUACAUAAAGCAAAAUUAUAGUGUAAGUUUUAUGUGUGCAUGUCAUAAAAAAGAGAAAUAACAUACACCUAUGAAUGUACUACCAACUAUUGUAUUUGCAUAACUAUCAACUUACAGUUCCACCUACCAAAAUGUAGUCAAGUAAAUAUGGCUUACCAGUAAGUUAAGAAAAGGAAAAAUAUCUAUUAAUAAAAAAUAGAAACGCACAUAUUCAACCUUAAGCAAGUAUACAUACAUACAUACAUAUAUUCAUAUAAUGUGUAUAGUACAUUGUUGAGCAGCUACGUGUAUUACUUGCUUAGUAUGUUUGUGGUUUAAAUUACAAUGGUGAAAAUGUAAUACCUUUUGAUCAUUCGUUUUUGUUACUGUUUUCAAUUUUUACUUGAUUAGUUUUUGAUUGUUUAAAUAAUAAUAAUAAUAAAAAUAAGAUGUAGUACAUAUGUAUGCACAAAUUAAGUGAAUCGAAUUGUAUAUACAUAAUUGCCUCCAUAAUUUUUGUAUUAUUUCUUGUUUAAGCUGAUUUAGGCAGUUAUAGUUCGGUUAUAUUUGCGACAACUGUAAUUUUUAUAGUGAAUUUAGUAGUUAGAAUGGUUUAGUUGCUCCUCUCUAUGAUAUUUAAUAAAUAAUUUUACUCGCUAUGUUUUUCUAAG